AUGCAGGCUCUAUUUCUUUUGUUGGCCUUUCUCUUGCCUCCUGAAGCUGGAGCUGAGGAAAUUAUCGGUGGUGUUGAGUCCAAGCCACACUCCCACCCCUACAUGGCCCAUCUGGAAACCGUCACUCAUAGGUGUUAUGGCACCAGCUGUGGAGGGUUUCUCAUAAGUCAAGAUUUCGUGAUGACAGCUGCUCAUUGUAAAGGAAGGAAAAUUACGGUCAUCCUGGGAGCUCAUAACAUGAAAAGGGAAAAAUCCACAUGGCAGAAGAUAGAAGUCUCAAAACAAAUCAGUCACCCAAAAUACAUCUCAAUCACCAGAUUCAAUGACAUCAUGUUAAUGAAGCUAAAAAUGAGAACCAGGUGGACCCACGCCAUGAAGCCAAUCUACCUGCCCACCUGGUCUACCUUUAUUCCACCUGGGACAGUAUGCACGGUGGCUGGCUGGGGAAGAACCGGAGUGAGGGAGCCGGCGUCAGACACUCUGAGGGAGGUGCAGCUGAGACUCAUGGACGCCAGCACCUGCAGGAGCUAUCUGUUUUACAACAGUAACUUACAAAUCUGUGUAGGUGAUCCAAGGAAGACAAAAUCAGCAUACGAGGAGGAUUCUGGGGGCCCCCUGGUGUAUGCAGGGGUGGCCUACGGUAUUGUGUCUUAUGGAUAUAUGAAUGCAAAGCCUCCAAAUCUCUUCACUCAAAUCUCCCCAUAUGUCCCCUGGACUUAA